AUGGAUGGGUUUAGAAGUCGAUUCACUCCCGCAGCCACUAGUACGCCGUCAAAUUUGGCUGUUGGUCCUGGAUCGGAUCUGGAUGCUUCCCACAUUUCCGCACGAUCUCGUCGCAAGCGCGAACGAUUGCCUCAGCAUAGGAAGGAAACUGGAACGGAGGUUCUGUUUUCUGCCGCGAGAUCUUCAUUGGCUGGUGGUCGGAACGCUCGGGCGACUAACGUUUCCAACGUCAACAACAGCGCUACUGUCGCCAACAAUAGUAAUGUUAGGCGCAAGAAGCGAAGGAAUGUAGCUAGAAUCAUUGCGGCCGAGAUUCGAUACCUUCAAAGGACUACCGAUCCCCUUAUCCGGCGCGCCUCGUUUGCGAGAGUUGUGCGCUCUAUGGCUCAGAGGAUGGACUUUGAGAACGCGCUUGAAUUUCGGUGGCAAGCCAUGGCGCUCGAUUGCCUUCAAGAGGCGGCUGAGGCUUUCAUUGUGGACUUCUUCUCAUUUGCCGCAAGGGCGGCCGCUCACGCUCACCGGGUGACCGUUAUGCUCGCUGAUAUCCACUUCAUCUCUCAGUUCUAUCAAAUGCUCCAUCACUAA